AAAUAAAUCGAACUUUAAGAACUUAAAAAAAAAUAAUGACAUUUUAAAAAAGUUUCUUUUCGUGAAUCCAGGAAUAAGCAAAGGAUAUAAAAGAUCGGUGUGACGACACAAGGUUUAGAAAAUGCGCACUGAAAGUGGAAAUGUUGAAGGCCACUCGGCGGUGUUGAAGCUACAUAAAGGGGCACAUAUGAGCCGAACCACUCUAGGCGGGACUCGUACCAAGAUUGUUCAUUCACACACGACUCAUACUAGAGCACAGCCAGUGACACGGAGGAUAAUUUCUGACCCUCAAACGGGCCCAGUAACACAAUCAGCAUUGACACAGUUAAACAGCCGCAGACGAAGUUCAUGUGCAAGUACACAAAUACACCUCCCAGACUCAAAAUCUAACCGUACUUCAGAAGCUGUCAAUGUUCAAUCUGUAGAUACACAAAAUGUUACAGAAAAAACUAAUAUAAUAAGAGACAAAGACAUAAGUAAAUGUAACGAACAGGUUCAACAUAAUCCAAAGACAGAAAUCAGUGAGGCUAGAAGUCGGAGGAUAUCGGUGGGAUACGGUUACCAACCGCCACAGGAAACUAGACUGCCAAACACAAUAAAGGAAUUCAGUUUUGACUCAGACGAUGAUGACGAGGCGGAAAAAGAGAAACAGGCGGAGCAAAAAUCCAUCACUGACAUGCACACUGACAACUACAACCGGAUGUGCAAGUUACAGGGAAUAACGCCGUGUGGAAGUUUUAAAAGACAGAUCUCCGACAGUGUCGCCGAUGUUUCAAACAGUCUUCUAGGAACCAAAGAUGUCAAAUCAAUAUGCGUGUCUCUGGCGUCAAACGUAACUAUAAAAGAACUGGAUUUGUCAGGGAAUGAUUUGUCAGAUAAAGGCGCAAAAUACGUUGCCGAGGCUCUCCGAGAAAACAAUACUGUAGAGGAUUUGUCGUUAAGCCGGUGCAAUAUAGACCUACCCGGGUUACAAGCAUUAGGUGAUCUAUUUAUAGAACAGAAACCAAUGACGAGGAUAGACCUAUCCAAAAACAAAUUUGAAAGAAAACAUGCAGAAAUCAUGGCCAAUAUCAUACAGAAAAACGACUACAUUGAAGAGGUUGUACUAUCAGAAAACAAAUUUGAUGAAGUUGGCGGGGUUUAUUUAGGAAAAGCUAUUGGGAGUAAUGUAGGUAUGAAGAAACUAGAUUUGAGCUGGAAUCAUCUUAGACGAGAGGGCGCAAAAGCUGUUUGCAUGUCAUUAAAAUCUAACAAUAUACUAGAGGAACUUGACUUGUCAUGGAAUGGUUUAGCAGAGGAUGGCUGCAGGGCUCUAGCAGAAGCGUUGCCAUGUAACCACACACUGAAGGAGUUGGACGUGUCAUGUAACAGAAUAAGUAUAUUCUGCCUUAAAGAUCUGCUGAAAGGACUUGAAAAGAACGACACGCUUAAAGUGUUAAGGAUCAACCAGAAUCCUCUGACAACAGAUGGCGCUAUUGCUGUAAUAAAAUGUUUACAGAAGUCAAAAGUGUCUCAGCUCACAGAUUUAUACAUGACAGAUAUUCCAAUCAACCCAGAUUUCCUGGACGAACUAGAUGAAUUGUUAAAGAUUCGACAAGUUCGUGUGUUCCAUCGCGACCCGAACAAGAAAAAAGUGACCCCAAUUAUCAGACAGAGAACAUUAAAAGACUACGACCCUGCUAUGAUACUGUUUGAAUAUAUGAAACAGGAGAAUCUACGUCUCAUUGACUUGUUCCGGACGUUUGAUACGGAUUCUAGCCAAUCUGUAUCUAAGGAUGAGCUAAAAGAAGGUUUUGUAACAAUAAACAUGCCUCUGACAGAUGAUGCACUUGAUUCACUGUUUGAGAGACUCGAUAUCAACGACAAUGACGAAAUUGAAUACGAUGAAUAUAAGAUCGGUUACAGAAAAGCGAUGAAAAAAAUGAGAAGUGGCGAGAGUUCGGAUGACCCUAAUGAUAAGGCGGCCGUAUCACAACUUAAAAGUCUGGUGAAGAAAGCCCUGGAAGACAGGAGACAAGAGAAGCUAUUACAAUUAAAGGGCAAGAGACGACAACGCCAGGCGAGUCUAACAGCCGUGUUCCAAAUAGGUGUCGACAAAAUUAUCCAACGUCUACCGUCACAUGACGAAUAAUUAACAAUCAUCUCGUAACCUCAUAAAUUGACAUAAUUAUAUAAUUGUGAUUUAUUAAAUAAUCUGUUUCUGUUUUAGAAAUUUUUGCCCUGAUGGCAUCCUAUACAUAAUGAUUUUGUGUACUAUGUACAUUUAUUAAAGUUUCAUUAUAACGUUUCA